UAUGUUGUCAAGGUUCAGAAACACUGCAUAAGCCAUCAGAAGUCAAGUGUGAUACAAAGAAGUCAUUCUUUUUGUGUUAGCUUUUCUUUUUUUCCCCCCUGUCCACCGUUCUCACUCUUUCUUUCCCCUUCAGGUGUGAAUCGCCAUUUUCAUAUGAUCUGUAUCCGAGAUAAAUUUAGUCAGAAUAUUGGGAGGCAAAUUUCUUCCAAAGUUAUCUGGGAUCACUUGAGCACGAUGUAUGACAUGCAGGCACUGCAUGAGUCUGAGAUUCUUCCUUUCCCCAACUCAGAAAAAAACUUCAUCCUCCCUGAAGAAAUUAUUCAAGAAGUAAAAGAAGGUAAAGUGAUGAUUGAAGACGAUGUGAAGGAAGAAAUAAAAGAAGAGAUGGAAGCGCACUCAGCCGCCGAAGAAGGGUCCAUGAAGAAUCGGAUAAAAUCAGAUGGGUGGAAAUUGAUCAAGGAGAGAAACAACCUGGAAUUAAGGAGAAACUGAACUGACAGUGAGGACAAUUAA